UUUUACUGGUGAACUAGUCUCGAUUUUUAGAGAUUCUUACAACUUCCACAAACAUUGGAGGGAUCUUUGCAGAUCCAAUCAUCCAAGCUCUGCCGUCAGCUCCGCCCUUUAUAUGAUCGCUUUGGGAGCAAAUCCGUCUCUUUAUCAUCAGAUUCAAAUCAAGAAGUUAGGCUUCUUCUUCGCUGUCAUCUUCUCGUACAAGUAUUUCCGACUCGCAGAGCGCGAGACCGGAGGGAGGACGAGCAAACUGAAGAUGGAUCUGAUAAGGUCUCGCUUCGUUCUGUUCGGUGAUUCAAUUACAGAGCAGUCCUUCAGGCCCGGUGGAUGGGGAGCAGCCCUUGCUAACACUUAUGCCAGAAAGGCUGAUAUAAUUGUUAGAGGCUAUGGUGGAUAUAACACAAGAUGGGCUUUGUUCUUGCUUAAUCGCAUAUUUCCACUGAACUUCCCUGGUGCUCCUGCGGUUACUACUGUUUUCUUUGGGGCAAAUGAUGCUGUUAUCUUGGGGAGAACCAGUGAAAAACAACAUGUACCUACUGAAGAAUACAAGCAAAACCUUCGGAAGAUUGUUCAUCAUUUAAAGGACUGUUCGCCUACUAUGCUGGUAAUUUUAAUAACCCCACCACCAGUUGAUGAGAAUGGACGCAAUGAAUAUGCACGAUUACUAUAUGGUGAUAAGGCCAGAAAACUGCCUGAAAGGACAAAUGAAAUGACUGGAGUUUAUGCAAAUAAAUGUAUUGAGCUUGCUCAGGAACUAAAUCUCCCUUACAUUGAUCUAUGGUCUCACAUGCAAGAAACUGCAGAUUGGCAGAAAAAGUUCCUAAGUGAUGGUUUGCACCUAACUCCAGAAGGAAAUGCUGUUGUCCAUGAAGAAGUAGUGCGCGUCUUGUACAAUGCUGGCCUGAGGGCAGAAGAUUUACCCUAUGAUUUUCCUCAUCAUUCGCAGAUAGAUGGCCAAGACUUUGCCAAAGCAUUCAAACCCAUGAAUUGAAGUAUGGCUUCUGUUCUAUACUCACCAAAGGCGUUUCUACAACAAGGAAGCUGAUAAAGAAAAUUCGCUCAAUGUCAACCUCAUAUUCAGCCAGCAUGAAGCAAAGCUUCAGCAAUAAACAAAAACAAAUAAUAUCUGAACAAUAAAGGAUUCGUUUGGGACAGCUUUCAUAUUGCUUUUUCAAAUAAUUUCUUAAAAUUUUAUA